AUGAGUCCCUUCACUUCUGCGAGUGGGAAGGUGUUGCAUGUGGUCAUCACCAUUGAUCUAAGCUACAGAGGCUUAGUAGGUUCAUUGUCACCUUAUGUCGGUAACUUAAGCUUUCUUCGGGUGUUAAAGCUCUUCAACAACACCCUUCAAGGUGAAAUCCCUCCUCAAGUUGGUCAUUUGUUCAGACUGCAGAUACUGAACUUGAACAUAAACAGCUUUGAAGGAGAAAUUCCAGCCAACUUAUCCCACUGCUUUAAUCUCAGGUAUCUUGGUGUAAGUUUCAAUAAGCUAGUUGGGAAACUACCUGAAGAACUUGGUUCCUUAUCAAAGCUCACAUAUCUCAUCAUUGAAUUAAACAACUUAACAGGAGAGAUUCCUCAAUCCAUUGGAAGACUGAGUUCUCUAGAACUUUUGGCUUUACCUUACAAUCUUUUCUCAGGUAGUCUUCCUAAUGCAUUGGGUCAAUUGAAAAACCUGGAAGGACUUUUUUUAGGUGUCAAUCAACUCUCUGGUACAAUCAAUCCUUCCAUUUACAAUCUUUCUUUGCUAACUAAUCUCUUUUUGGCUGACAACCAUCUUGAUGGCACACUUUCGCAGAACUUGGGUCUGUUGCUCCCUAAUCUUCAACAGAUCCAAUUAUGGGGGAACAAAUUUACUGGACCCAUUCCACUCUCAAUAUCCAAUUGUACAGCACUAGAAAGCCUUGAACUUUCAAAUAAUAAUUUCAAUGGGAAAUUAGGAAUUAAUUUUGGAGGCCUCCCAAACCUCUUUAGAAUUAUUCUAAAUGAUAAUAAUUUAGGAAGUGGAGAGCCAGAUGAAAUGAACUUCAUUGAUUCUAUGGCCAACUGUAGCAAUUUGCAUAUACUACAGCUGGGUCCUAACCACUUUAGAGGGUUCUUACCCAAUUCUGCGGGCAAUCUCUCAGACCAACUUCGUCAUCUAACACUUCUUAAAAAAUUCAUACAUGGAAAACUCCCUUCAACAAUUGGUAAUCUUGUUAAUUUAAAUCUUUUAUUUCUAAAUAAUAAACAAUUCACCGACGCAAUUCCAGCUGCUGUCGAAAAUCUUCAAAACUUGCAACGGGCAAAUCUUGCAGGAAAUAAAUUCCAUGGGGAAAUUUCGGAAUAUAUAGGAAACUUGUCAUUGUUGACAGAGCUUUACUUGUUUGGGAACAGAUUAAAGUUUUGCAACCUAAAAAAUUUAGCGAAGUUGGAUAUAUCUGAGAAUGAGUUGUCUGGUGAAAUUCCUAAUAGCCUUGACAGUUGCACUAGCCUUGAAAGUCUCUACAUGGAGGGAAACUUCUUGGAGCAUUUUUCCUUAAAUAAUCUUAAUCUAUCUUUCAAUGAUUUUGAGGGUGAAGUGCCCAGUGAAGGAGAUUUUGCAUAUGCUAUUGUAAUAUCGGUAGUUGGAAACAAUAGGCUAUGUGGGGGCAUACCCAAACUUCAAUUGCCAAAAUGCAACAUCAAAGAAUCAAAGAAACAAAAAAGUUCUCUUGUGCUCAUAUUAGCGAUCUCGAUACUGUGCACACUUCUGGGAGUUACAAUGGUGCUAUCUUUCUCAUUUUGUUGUGUUAAAAAGAAAAGAGAUGUUCAACCUUCUGGAAUAUUGUUGAGGGAAACAUUCUUGAGAGUGUCUUAUGAAAUGCUCCACAAAGCAACUGACGGGUUCUCUUCAGUAAAUUUGAUUGGUGUGGGUAGUUAUGGCUCUGUCUACAAAGGAAUCCUUGAUCCAAAUGAAACCAUUGUUGCAAACCUCCAACAUCGAGAAGCUUCCAAAAGUUUCAUGUCCGAGUGUGAAGCCUUAAGAAAUAUUAAACAUCGGAAUUUGGUAAAGAUCAUCACUUCUCUUUCAAGCGUUGAUUUUCAAGGAAAUGAUUUUAAGGCUCUAGUCUAUGAGUUCAUGCCCAACGGGAGUCUAGAGAGUCGGUUGCAUCCAGGUCCGAAAUCUAGUAACGAAGAGAAUGAACAAUCUCAGAGCCUAAACCUUCUUCAAAGAAUAAAUGUUGCAGUUGAUGUGUUGUGUGCACUUGAAUAUCUUCAUCAUCAUUGUCAAACGCCUAUAAUUCAUUGCGAUCUAAAGCCAAGCGAUGUCCUACUUGAUAGUGAGAUGGUUGCUCAUGUAGGAGAUUUUGGGGUAGCGAGGUUUCCUCAACAACUCACAAAUCCAAAACAAAGCAGUUCAAUUGCAGUAAGGGGAACUGUUGGUUAUACAGCUCCAGUUAAGCAUGCAUAA